CUGAGCAGUGUUUCAAAUGCAGCGAUUCUCCGGUCUCAGAAUGAGCCUGUACUAACGCCUAACUUUAGUUUUAACAUGUUUUAAAAUAGUUAUGGAGCCCGGCCUACAUUGUCCUUAUUUAGUAACUCCCCGCUUCAGCUAUAUAACAUCAUAGUCUGGAGGUUUCCGUGCUAGUCAGCCUGGCUAAAGCUCGUUUCUACCGUUAGUCGCUUCUGUUGUUGUUGGCUGGCAACAGGUGUGGAGGUGUGGCGUCGUGUUUACUUCACCGUUUUCAUGCUUUAAGCUCAAAACAUGCAAACCACAGAUAUUGGCAGUAAAGAAGACGGAAAAUUGUGGCACCGCAAACCAGUGCCAUCAAAUAAUGGCAUCUUGGUGACUGUGAUUCGCAGCGCGUCCGCUUACCAAAGCAAGACAGUCCGUUUCCUCCAGGUAGCGUUUGACACUACUGGGGAGUCGUUCCUUGCUGGUGAUCACCAUGGGAAUAUUUAUGUAAUUGACAUUAGCAGAAACAGGUUCAAGCUGGUUCAGAAAACGGGGCAAGCAUGCACUGCCUUAGCUUUCAACCUGCGCAGAACAACCGAGUACCUGGUAGCCCUUUCCGAUUAUUCCAUCAAAUGCUUCGACCAAGACACCAAGCAGCUGGUGAGCUGGAUGAGGGGCCACGAGGGCGCUGUGUCCUCCCUGUCGGUCCACAGCUCCGGACGCUAUGCUAUCAGCACCUCCUCGGACACGGCUCAGCUGUGGGACCUGGACACCUUUCAGAGGAAGAGGAAACUGAACGUGCGCCAGUCAGUGGGCAUACAAAAGGUGUUCUUCCUGCCGCUGAGUAACGCCAUUCUAAGCUGCUUUACUGAUGACUCCAUCUUUGCAUGGGAGAGUGACACACUGUUCAGCAAAUAUCAGCUGCCUGUCCCACAGGAUGGACCCAGGAUACACUACAAAGCAUUUGCAGUCACACAAGACGGAAAGAUGCUGGCUGCAGGUGGACGCUCAAACUUGAUCCACUUGUGGUGUCUGGACAGCCAACAGCUUUUCAGAGUUAUACAAAUGCCACCAAAAGUGAGGACCGUGAGACACCUUGAUUUCUUGCCAGACAGCUUUGACGGAGGAUCGAGCCAGGUCCUGGGUGUCUUGAGCCAGGAUGGCAUCAUGCGCUUCAUCAACAUCCACACAUGCAAGCAGCUCUUUGACAUCGGGUCUUAUGACGAUGCCAUCACCUCAGCUGCCGUUUGUCCUAAAGGAAGGCACAUUGCUGCUGUAAUGGACAAUGGCUCCCUGAGAAUCUACAACGUCCAGUCUCUCACUCAGGAGACCAAUAAGCCUCCUCAACCCCUGGUGAAAGUGGUGACUACAAACAAGCGAGGUGACAGUUCCUGCUUGAAGAUGAAGGUGCAUACGGGAGCAGUGCAACGUCCAGCCAAAACGUCCGGUCGCAGAAUACAGACCAAACGUCUACGAACCCCGGCUGUUUCCACACUUGAGGACAAAGAGAAUGAUAUGCCAGAUGCGCUUAGUAAGAAGCGAUUACGGACUUUGCUGAGAACGUUUGGCGAGUAUCCAGAAAAAUACAGGAUGUUUAUUUGGCGCUCUUUGCUGCAGCUGCCUCAGAAUCAUGCUGCUUUCAGCAGUCUGACCGACAAAGGCGUUCACUCGGCCUACCUCUGCCUCCACGAGCGCUACCCCAUUAAGAGUCACAGACUACAGAGAGGACUACAGAGGGUUCUCUCUGCUCUGGCGCACUGGUCAGCCAUUUUUGGUGAGGCUGAGUAUCUCCCCCUUGUGGCAUUUCCAUUUGUCAAGCUCUUUCAAAACAACCCCCUCAUAUGCUUCGAAGUGGUGGCCACUGUCAUCAUGAACUGGUGCCAGCAUUGGUUUGAGUACUUCCCAAACCCUCCACUCAAUAUUCUAAGCAUGACAGAGAAUGUGUUGGCUCAUCAUGACAAGGAACUGCUGCAACAUUUUGUCGACUGUGGUGUGACUUCCCAGCUUUAUGCGUGGCCCCUGCUGGAAACCCUGUUUUCUGAGGUGCUGACAAGAGAAGAGUGGUUAAAGCUGUUUGACAACAUCUUCACCAACCAUCCUUCUUUCCUCCUGAUGGCCGUAGUGGCCUAUGUGACCUGCUGCAGAGCACCGUUACUCCUCUGCACUCACAGAGAGGACUUUGAGUACUUUUUCCAUCAUCGCAACACCCUGGACAUAAGUGCCAUGCUGAAGGAGGCGUAUCGUUUGAUGGAGACCACCCCUGCAGACCUGCACCCGAGCUCCAUGCUGAGUGACUUUGAGCCCCUGACGCACGGACAGUACCCCAUCUUCAACAAGUACCCCACCUUCAUAGUGGAGUACCAGAGCCAGGAGCGCGAACGCAUCCGCCAGCAAGAGGUGGAAUACCUCAGAGAGAGGCAGGCUCUUCAGGAUUUGCGUGCAGAGGCUGUGAGGCAGCAGGCUGAGGAUGAGGCCUGGUACACACAGCAGGAGCUGCUGCAGGAAGCUGAGGAACAGCGCAGGAGAAUCUUACAGCAAGAGGAGAACAAACUCGCUGAGCAAAGAGCUAGGUUGGGUGCUAUGAAACGCGAGUUGAAGGUGAAGGAGCUCACGCUGCUCGAUGCUGCCAGGAGACGCUUCCUCAAACACCAGCAGAACCAGCACAAGAUCGAGCUCAACCGACUGGACGAUGAAAUCCAGAGAAAGAUGACUUUGCGAGCGCAGGAGACUGCUGCGGCCGUGCAGGAUAUGGAAGUCAGACAAAUGGAGCUGGACGCUCAGAGAAGGUUGUUUGAGCAGCAACUGGCAAAAGAGCAAGAGCGCAUGAGACAGGAGGUGAGAGCUGAGGUGGACGCCCGGCAGCGAAGGGCAGAGGCAGAGGACUCCACUUUUCAGAACCUCCUUCAGACAGACAGCGACAUCAGCCAGGAAACCAAACGGGUGCUGGAGGAAUCUCUGGCAGAGGCGGGGCAACUGGAAGUGGAUGCUGAAUGGCAGACAGAAGUGAUCAGGCGGUUGGAGAAGGCGGAUGAGGAGCAGGAGAGGCAGAGACAGCACCUGGCUGAGCUCAGUAGAGAAACACAUGCCAAGGAGGAGCAGCUUGUACAGCUGAUGAUGGAAGUAGAGGGCAAGCGUUGGAAUGACGUGGUGGCAAAGCGAGGCCAGUUGGAGGAGGAUAAGCAAGCAGCUGCAGAAUCCCAGUGGAGAUCACGGCGCUCCCAGCAGGCAGACACCACCACGCAGAACAAACUGAGGAGGAGCCAAGAGGAGUCCGUCAAUCAGCUGGUGGAGAAGAAGCUCCAGUCUCCCUGCUCAACAAGAGGACUUUUGCACAAGCCUGACAGUCUGCAGGCCGAUACCACCAAUAUCUGUCUGAACAACCAGUCUUCUACAGAGGACUCCACAUGCUUUUCUCUGGACCGCGGUCGAGGAACACUGGACCGUGAGGAGCAGGAGCUGCUGCAGGAGGUGAGAGAGCUCCGGCAGAAACUGGCCACCAGAGCACGAGCCGCAGACUGGACCUCACAAUCGGUCAGCUCGCAGCACUCUUAGUAAACAGAACCAAACGAGGAUACCUUCUUUUUAAGAGUGAAUUCAUCCACAGUGGGAAUAUCUCUUGAAGUUUACUGGACUCUACAUGCUGCACAGCUGAGUCAUUGCACCCAACCUGUAUUUUAUUCGUUUUUUAACUUGUUUUUUGUGUACAUUGGUCCAUGUUGGAUCUCUUAGAUUAGUUUAACUAUGAACUACAGUAAACCUUUUCGUUAUUGUGCUAUUAAAGUGCAGAUCACCAA